UUUGGUGUAGAGGACUGUCGCCUCAUUUUGCGAGGUGGAUAUUGACGAGUAAGAGAAGAGCACAGGGGUUCCUGUUAUUUAAAUAUGCUGGUGCUUUUUGCUUUGGUGCUCUCCAUGUCCGUUUCGGCCACGGUAUCUAACCGUGGUACCCGGGGCUGCGCUCCGUGCCAGCCCAGUCUUUGCGCCCCUCUCCCGGCGGGAGGCUGCGAGCUGGGCACGGUUCAGGACUCCUGCGGGUGUUGUGCCGUUUGCGCUGCCGGGCAGGGGGAUCCCUGCGGGGGACGCGGCAGCUCCUCCAGGCGCUGCGCGGCUGGGAUGGAGUGCGUGAAGAGCGGCAAGGGCAGGAAGGGAGAAACCGGGGUGUGUGCCUGCAAGGGCGCCCACGAAGUGUGCGGCACUGACGGAGUCACCUACAAGAACAGCUGUGACCUCGGAGCGGCCAGCAAGAAAGCCGUAAGCAUGAAGCAACCCGAGAUCAAGGUGCUAAAUAAAGGAAAGUGCGAAAAAGCACCGGUCAUUGUGACUCCUCCUAAAGAGAUCUGGAAUGUGACUGGAGCCCAGGUCUACCUGAGCUGCGAAGCUAUAGGAAUCCCAACACCUGUUCUCACCUGGAAAAAGAUCGUAACUACGAGCAAGGGUCAGGAGAAGAUGGAGCUGCUGCCUGGUGACCGUGACAACCUGGCCAUCCAGACGCGUGGCGGGCCAGAGAAGCAUGAGGUCACCGGCUGGGUUCUGAUUUCUCCACUGACCAAAAUGGAUGCCGGAGAAUAUGAGUGCCAUGCAGCAAACUCUAAAGGAGAAACAUCUGCUGUUGGCAGAAUCAACGUGGCAGACUUGUCUGAUGGCAUCCCAGCUCAGCAAGGUAACCGGUUGAGUUACUUCGAGUGAAGUGCUGAUUGCAGC